AUCCUGCUCUACCAGCUGUCCUUGAGCUGUGCAAACCUCUGAGCAAAGAGCGCUUCUUCGACUGGAUAAACAUUGAUACUUUAGUCAGCUCUCUCCCACAUACAUUCACGACAAUCUUCAAGAUGGCCUCUGCUAUUCCUGUUGGCGUCUACGGACGUCGCAUUCCGGCUGGAGGCAUUCCCAUUCUGGCUGCUGUCGACCAGUCCACCACUUUCAGAAUUACGAUGGCUGCCAUCGACCCAGAUGCUGAGCCACAGUUUGACGAGGACCAAAAGCAUGCUCGCGCAACCUUAAAGCUCAUCCGUAUCCCUGAUGACUUUGACAUGGAAGAUGAUGAUGAGGACUAUGAAGAGGGUGACAUUGAGGCAAUCGCUGCCCGUCUGCGUGCAGCUGGUGCGCUUCUCGAGGCUGACUCGGAUCUUUCCGAUGACGACAGCGAAGAUGAGAAGAAUGGCGGUCCUAGCGAUCCAGCCAAGUCAAAGAAGGCUAAGCAAGCUGCUCUUAGCAAGAAGAUGCAAGAGGAGCUUGAGGCCGAUGACAUGGACAUUGACGGUUUGACCAACGGCGCUAAGGGUAAGGCCAAGGGCAAGGCUAAGGUUACCGAUGAUGAUCUGAGCGACGAGGAUGACGAAGAUGACGAAGACGACGACGAUGAGGAUGAGCCUGAAGAGCUUGUUCUCUGCACACUUGACCCUGAGAAGCACUACCAGCAGCCUCUCGACAUCACUGUCCGCCAGGGCGAGGAGGUCUACCUCUGUGUCACCGGCACGCACGACAUCUACGUCACCGGUAACUAUGUCGCGUUCCCUGAAGACGAGGACAGCGAGGAUGAGGAAGAUGAUGGUCUUGACGAGCUCGGCUACGAUCUGUCUCCCGACGAGGAUGAGCUCGAUGGUAUGGACGAAUCAGAGGACGACGAGCUCGAUGGCAUGAGCGACCCCAGAAUCACCGAGGUUGACAGUGAUGAGGAGGAGGAGGUUCCCAAGCUUGUUGAAGCCAGCAAGAAGAGCAAGAAGCGUGCUGCUGAAGAGGAGGCCAGCCUUGAUGAUAUGAUCAGCAAGACUAACGGCGACGCUAAGCUCAGCAAGAAGCAAGCUAAGAAGCUGAAGAAGAACGAUGGCCAAGCUGUCGUUAGCGCUGCUGAGCCAGAGAAGAAGGCUGAAAAGGUUGAGAAGAACGACACCCCCAGCAGCGACAAGAAGAAGGUUCAGUUCGCUAAGAACCUCGAGCAGGGCCCCACUGGCUCCCCAAAGGUCGACGCACCCAAGCCAGAGGCAAAGAAGGAGGCUACCAAGGGACCUCGCAACGUCAGCGGCGUCAUUGUUGAUGACAAGAAGGAAGGCAAGGGCAAGGCCGCCAAGAAGGGUGACCGUGUCGAGAUGCGCUACAUUGGCAAGCUGAAGAACGGCAAGGUCUUUGAUUCCAACAAGAAGGGCAAGCCUUUCUCCUUCAAGCUCGGCGUCGGCCAAGUCAUCAAGGGCUGGGACGUUGGUGUCGCUGGUAUGACCCCCGGCGGCGAGCGUCGUCUUACUAUCCCUGCCGCGAUGGCAUACGGAAAGAAGGGUGCUCCUCCAGACAUCCCGCCCAACUCUGACUUGAUCUUCGACAUCAAGUGUAUCUCUGUCAGCUAAAUCAUCGACUUCCUUUAUUUGUCCGCCUAUGCGCAACAGGGUCCACUUGGCUCCUGUCAAAUUGCAGGAUCCGACUCCACUCGUAUGCAGGACUCCGCCGGCCUGCGUCUGUUGGCGUAUCUUUCUUGUUUCCUAUUAUGUCUGAUUUCCGUAUGCAUAGCGUGUCGUCUGAGAUAUCCGACUUGCAUAGUCCGGGUUGCUUCGAUAGAUUUGUGCAAGGAGGAAGGAUCUCUCAGUCCUCUUCACCGAUGUUUCUUUUGAUGGAUCAUAUGUAUGAGAUAUAGCGAGGCGAUGUUGCUAAAAGAGUAGAAAUUCGCUGAGGAAGCUAUUUCCAAAAGUUAAUGGUGUUUCAUGUGGGCACUAACACGAGUGCGUAAUAAUACAUGAUUAUUCGAAUUCAGGUCCCACUAGAAUCCGCAUGGUCCCAUU